AUGUCGAAGUCUACCAAUGAUGCCACAUUCAAGGAGGCCGAUGUUGACCAGUCUUGGACAGGACGGCUGGAGUUCAGCGACAGCGAUACUGCCACCGGCGGUAAUCUGAUCUACAGCAAUGCCGACGACGAGCCUGAGUUUCAUGCGAGAACCGUCAUUGCUAUUGCUGCAAUGCUCCUCCUCAACUUCGUCCAGGUCUUCGCACUCCAAGGACCGGCAACAAUUCUCUCUUACAUCGGCAGAGAUCUCAACGCUACAGCACAGCAAGCCUGGAUACCCAACGCUCUGUCUCUUGUUCAAGCUGUCCUAGGCCCGGUCGUCUCAAUAGCAUCGGAUGCCUUACAGGCCCGUAAGACAAUCCUGAUCGUAGCAUGUGUUAUCUCAGUGAUUGGGUCUGGCAUUGCACCAGGAUCGCAAACAAUCGGUCGACUCAUCGCAGCACAGACUUUGAUCGGCUUUGGCUUCGCGACAGUACCUUUGGCAUACAGCAUUCCAAGUGAGAUUCUCCCCAGAAAGUGGCGACCUGCUUGUCAAGGUGCCGUCAAUGCAUCGGCUUCGCUGGGAACUAUCGCAGGUGUCUUGAGCGCUGGGGGCAUGGUCAAGAGAAGUGCUACCAGUGGUUGGCGCCAAUGGUACUGGAUCCAGUUCGCACUUUGGGCGAUCACUGUUCUUGGUAUUAUUGUCGGGUACCGACCACCUAAGCGGCACACAAUUCAUGAGUUCGCUACCAUGAGGCAGAAAUUGAAUGCCUUGGACCUGCCUGGGCUGUUUCUGCUUGUCACCGGACUUACACUGUUCCUGGUUGGACUCAAUCUUGGCGGGGGUAUCUAUCCUUGGAGCGAAGGGCGGACCUUGGGCACACUCAUCGCCAGCAUUGUGACACUUGGCUUGUUCGGUGUCUACGAAUGGAAGGCGACCCAGCACGGCGUCCUCAACCAUGAACUGUUCCGUGACGGCAAAGCGUUCGCAAUCUGCUUGCUGUUGAUCUUGGUGGAAGGGAUCAUGCUGUUCGCCUUUGUCAUCUUCUAUGCACAGAUGACCGGACAACUCUUCGACACCGAUGCCUUCUUGCUGUCCGCGAGGGUCGUACCGUUCUGGGUGGCCAAUCUCUUCUCCACGACUACUUACGGAUACUUCAGCUCACGGUUCCGCACGAUUCGCAUACCACUCCUGGUCGGAUUCGUGCUGUUCACCACAUCACUGAUCGGCCUGGCGACCGUCCAGCCGGGCAACUCAACAAGCGCCAUCGUCUUCGCAGCGCUGGGAGGUCUUGGCUUUGGAGCACCGCUUAUCCUCAUCAUAGCAGCAGUCCACCUAUCGAUCCCACACCAUCUCAUCGCAACUGCCACGGCAGUGACGACAUCCACUCGAGCCAUAGCAGCGACGGUCUUCACAGCAAGCUACACAGCUGCAGUCAGCAACCGAGCUCAGCGGUACAUCCCAGAGUAUGUCUCUGCUGCAGUGCUGCAAGCAGGAUUACCACCACGCUGCGUCCCAGACUUUAUUGCUGGCUUGACAGCAGGCGGGCAGCUUGAGCUUCCAGCAUUGUGUGGCUUGACGCCACGGAUCACCGCGGCUGGAGUCGCAGCUCUGAAGAAAGCCAAUGCUGACUCGAUCCGAGUAGUGUGGAUCAUUGCUGUGCCUUUUGGUGUGGUUGCGUGUGUUGCUCUGUACUGCUUGGGUGAUCUGAGCAACGCGAUGGAUUAUCGUGUCGAAGCGCCUGUGGAGAAGCUCCAAGCCAAGCAGCGCCGAUUGAAGAGAUAG